GACUGACCAUAUUCAUAUCUUCAUGAUCAUAGAUCCGCAGGACCCCGCCACCCUAGCCUUGUUAUAGAUUUACUUAUGUAAUUUUCUGAUACUUGCACCUGCAGAUUGAUAUCAUAAUGUGAAUCAAAGAUUUUUGCACAGGCGCGAUUUUGAAGACUAAGAUACGAGCAGCGAUUGAUUUUUUUUCAGAUUCAGCUAAGAUAGCGCUUAGAUUGAUCUUGGUAGCUGCUGCACUUUCUCAACAUAGCUAGUUUUUAUAGAGGCUAUCCUCCAUCAUCCAGAAGUAUGACGAGUCGUGCGACUGCGCAGCAGGGAAACAGUGGGUCCAACCUUGUACUCGUGACGGUCGGAGCAGCGGCACUGAUUAUUGGCGGAUACUACGUUUUCCUACGUAGAAAGCAGCGUGGACGGGCCCGUCGAGGCUCCCCCUUCGACGACAGUUGGGCAGAGGACGACAUUUGCAAACAGAUUGAGAAGAGGUUGCGACAGCGAUACAACAAAGCUACCGUCAUUGAAGUGCAUGACCUCGGAGGUACGUUUUGAGACGUAGAGCUUGAAGAUGUUUAGAUUGACAUUAAAGAUUAUGCUGCAGGUAAGCCAGGUCCGUUCGAAAGUUUCAGUAUGUACUAUCUCCCUUCAGAAGAUCCGCUACACCUAGGAAGUACGGUUCUCUCCGAAGGGCACUGAGCAAGCGUGGAGAAAAGAGGCGACUUUGCAAAAACCUUCAGAAGGAUUUUGAUUUUGUGGCCCCUGCUGUGAUUUCUUCUUAUUUGCUCACCUGACAGUUAGUUAGUUACUCGCUCACCUAAAAGAAGCUGGCAGACAUGAUGUUGGUUUCUCCUCUUGUGUGGUGUGUAGAUUGAGCACUUACUAUUGACAGCAAGAGGCAAAGCGAGACUUACACUUUCUGUCUCUUACUUCUUCUUCAGGCACUUGCGAAGCUCCCAAGAUCGGUGUCCGAAUAGUGAGCGAAGAUUUUGCAGGGUUGGGACGUGUGGAAAUGCAGCGACAAUGCAACGCAGUGAUAGAGCCGUUCCUUUCGUCCGGGCAGAUCCAUGCAGUGAGUUAUGAGCUGUCCGUCGGGAAAGCCAAGAAACCACAGGUGAACUCGGGUGUAGUUCGGACUUCCGAUGAGCCCGAGACGAGAUUGCCGCAGGCCAAGCCGGUAGUUUCGCAAGCCGGGCAGGGCCCCUUCAUGGAAAACUUUCGGCGGAGCCUGUCUCGGAGUAGCUCCACGCUCGGGUCGCCGAAACCCGCAAUGAAAUUCACAUGAAUCAACAAAUUCAAACUAAGAUAAAAUCUUUUUCAUUCUUUCGUAUGUAUCGUACGAACUGACGAGGACCUUCGGCUUCGCUUCCUUAGUACAGUAUGUAAGUAACAGAUGGAACGUGAAAUCUCUGUACUAUCAUUUGAUGUGUCCUCCGUGCCGGAGACGGAGAGUCAGAUUUCAGAUUUGAGGUGCGAUUCUGCCAUUUGCUACAAUAUCCACACAUAUGUUCAUCGCGUUGUGGCCGUCCGUACUACUGAUGUGCGCCACUCAUUUCAUGUAUUUUAAAACGCUCACCCUUUCGCCGAAAAGAGACGUAGCGAUGGUGGUAUGAUCGGGCAAUAGAAGAUGUGACUUUGUGCCGACACAGCAGGGGCUCUUUGUUUCAUUUCCGCCAGGAAUUCGACGCCUUGCUCCUUGUUCGCGAAUAAAUCGGAUUUCAAACUGCAAUCUACUCGCGCAGUGUCAUGAUUUAUGUACAACUACAUCUAAGAAUAUUGUUCAGUCGGAUGUUGAGAUUGACGUCGCGUGGUCGUGGUCCCUCGCGAGUACCGCUGAUGUUUGAC